AUGACCGAGUUGAUCAGAGACGAGGAGGUACGCAGGCGCAUACGUCUUGCCCAGGAGUUUCUCGACCCAGAUGACGUGUCUCGACGAAGCUACCGACCAGACAUUCUGGUGAUGCUGAACAGAGGUCAGAGGAGACUCACAGUCAGCGUCGAUGAAAUUCGAGCACACCACCGCGAGCUGGCCGACGGCCUCCUCAACCAGCCCUUCGACUUCGCAGAAGCCUUUGAUCGCGCCCUCAAGAGCGUCGUCGAGGCCUUCACCGACCGCCCCAAGUCCGAGUCCGGGCCCGAUGUUGUAUACUACUGCGCCUACAUUGGCAGCUUCGGCGAAUACUCGUGCAACCCGCGCACACUCGGCUCCAACCAGCUGAACCACAUGGUCUCGUUGGAGGGCAUUGUCACCAAGACGUCGCUGGUCAGGCCGAAGGUGGUCAAGAGCGUGCACUACAACGAGAACAAGCAAAAGUUCCACUUCCGCGAGUACAGAGAUCAGACCAUGACCACAGGUGCUGCAAGCACAAGCGUGUACCCUACGGAAGACGAGGAGGGCAACCCGCUCGUUACCGAGUACGGCUACUGCAUCUACAGAGACCACCAGACAAUCUCCAUUCAAGAAAUGCCCGAGCGCGCGCCUGCCGGUCAGCUGCCGCGCUCUGUCGAUGUCAUCCUGGACGACGACCUCGUUGACCGCGUCAAGCCUGGCGACCGCAUCCAACUGGUCGGUAUCUACCGCUCGCUCGGCAGCCGCAAUGCUGGCACAGGCAGCUCGACCUUCCGCACACUCAUUCUCGCCAACAACGUCAUACUGCUGUCGUCCAAGUCAGGCGGCGGUAUCGCCCAAGUCAGCAUCACCGACACAGACAUCCGCAACAUCAACAAGAUCGCAAAGAGCAAGCGUGUUUUCGACCUGCUCUCACAAUCGUUGGCCCCGUCCAUCUACGGUCACGACUACAUCAAGAAGGCGAUUCUGUUGCUGCUCCUAGGAGGCCAGGAGAAGAACCUCGACAACGGAACGCAUCUGAGAGGAGACAUCAACAUCCUCAUGGUUGGUGACCCCUCAACAGCCAAAUCGCAGUUGCUUCGUUUUGUGCUCAAUACCGCCCCUCUCGCCAUCGCUACAACUGGUCGGGGAUCCUCCGGUGUUGGUCUGACAGCUGCCGUCACAUCAGACAAGGAGACUGGAGAACGUCGCUUGGAAGCUGGUGCCAUGGUCUUGGCCGACCGAGGUGUCGUCUGUAUCGAUGAGUUUGACAAGAUGUCUGACGUCGAUCGAGUGGCUAUCCACGAAGUAAUGGAACAGCAGACUGUUACCAUCGCCAAAGCUGGCAUCCACACCUCUCUCAACGCCCGUUGCAGUGUCAUCGCAGCCGCCAACCCCAUCUUCGGCCAGUACGAUAUCCACAAGGAUCCGCAUCGCAAUAUCGCUCUCCCCGAUUCGCUCCUCUCACGUUUCGAUUUGCUCUUUGUUGUAACCGAUGAUAUCGAGGAUGCUCGCGACAGGCAGAUCUCAGAGCACGUCCUCCGCAUGCAUCGCUACCGUCAGCCAGGUACAGAAGAAGGCGCACCCGUUCGUGAGGAUGGUGCGCAGCUUCUUGGUGUAGGCCUCGACACGGACGCCGAUGCCAAUCGCCCCACAGAAGUGUACGAGAAGUUUAACCCCAUGCUUCACUCUGGAGUCACAAUCACAGUCGGUCGCGGAUCUUCAAAGAAACCCGAUGUUCUCAGCAUUCCUUUCAUCAAAAAGUACAUUCAAUACGCCAAGCGUGAGAAGCCGAUCCUCACCAAGGGCGCAGCAGACCAUAUAGUUGCCACCUAUUCUGCGCUUCGAAACGACGAACUCGACUCGGGUACUCGCCGCACCUCACCCAUCACAGCACGUACCCUUGAGACACUGAUCCGUCUCUCCACCGCCCACGCAAAAUCGCGCUUGUCGAAGAGGGUUGAGCAGAAGGACGCAGAUGUUGCUGAGCAGAUCCUGCGCUUUGCUCUCUUUAAAGAAGUUGUCGAAGAUGAUCGCCGUAAGCGCAGGAGGACGGUUCGUGAUCCCGAUGCCAUGUCGACUGAUGAAGGCGAGUCCGAUGACGACAACGAGGAUGGUGAUGAGCAAGACACUACAGCUACGCCACGCACCGGUGGUCCUUCUACUCGCAGUCAACGCACAACGACAGCAACACGCACCCCGGCACCAGCACCAGCCGGCGAAGAUGAAGAGGAAGCUGACGAUGACCUCUACCGCGUCACACCCAGGACGCAGCGCACAACAGGCCGCACUCAAUCAUCCCGCGCAGGCCCCUCGUCGCAAGUCAGCGCUGCUUCCUCGCGCCCCGAGUCACAACUUCCGCUCACUCAAACGGAGUCUCAAGAGUCGCAAGACCUCACACCAGCGCGUCUGCAGGUCUUCCAGACAGCUCUUGGUCAACUCAUCGAUGGCCCACUCUUCGCUAACGAUGCUGCCGAUGUCGAGCCCCUUGUUGCUGCUGUCAAUGCCAGGUUGGGCAGCGGAGCCGGCAAGCAAGCAUUUGAUGCUGAUGAAGCUGAGAAGGCGCUCGAGACGCUUAGUGAGCGCAAUAAGAUCAUGUACUCUGGUGGUAUUGUAUACAAGAUCUGA